AUGCCGUACUUUUCAACAAGGCGGAAACCCGGCGUCGUCUUUCGUGUUCCUGCAAUCACGCCCGUGUAUCCAGCCUUGCGCGCAAUAGAUACAAGCCUUGAACUCUUGGUCGCAACACCGGAGCAUCGCGCAAGGGAGAAUGCCGCGUACAGGACCCUUGACAGUUGCGACUCGGUGCUUGCCACUGCUCAAAUCAACAUCAUUCCCCUCCUCAGCGUGCCAUUCGACCGUGCAGCCGCAUUGCGCAAAGACCUCGUCGAAGAAGGGGCGGCCAGCAAUGACACCACUCGAUUUGCCCCAGAGGGUAGCGACGCGAGGACCGUCACCAACGACGAAGCCGGCGUAAUCGAAGGAGGGUGUGUCUUCAGCGAGCCAUGCAGUCACCGAAGUUUUCCACGAUGGUGGGAGGAGGUUUGCGAGGUUUCCUUUGGGUUGAGCCAUUGUUAA